CAGCCACAUCAUACCAUCACCCAGCGAGGUCAGCAAGGCCGGUCGCGGGCUAUCUUCAUGGCGUGUCCGGCGGUGUCCCUUGCUCACGACCGCGGUAACCACCAAGGCGCGAUCACCAAGAUCUCAUUUUUAGGCCAGCGUUGCCGCGAAGAAAGCCGCGGGUCGGUAGCGGCGCCUGGCAAGAGCUCGGUUCGAUGA